CCUUUAGUAUUAUAUAUCGAUACCAUUUGCUUGCGAUUCUCGAAGUAGGAUACUCAAAACUUUUCGCGGUGAACCCCGAAAAGGCUCUGUGCGUUGUGGUGUGCGAUUUGAUGAUUAAUUUACAUAAUAAUUAGUGACGUUUUCCCGAACGAUUGUUGAGAGAAUCCACGGACAGAAUAUGCAUAUAUUCUUAUUGAAGAUCUAUCCAUGAUUUUUACGCACUUUGAUUAAUGUGGUAACACAAUAUUUUAUCAUACAUGACAUACAUGUAUCUUGGAAACCAGAGUGAUGAAAACAUGUACUUUCCUGAUGCAUAAAAACUUUUAUCAUUGUUGAUCAGAAGAAAAAGAGAGAUUUUUAAACUAAUUGAACAAGACAUAAUGGCUCGCUCAAAGAAGAAAAUAACACCAGAACUUCGUGCAUGUACAGUUGCACUAUGUAACAUUGCUUUCGAUACAGAUUUAAUUCAACGCUAUCAAUUAAAUUUACCUUUAAAGCAAGAGAAACAAUCGCCUAUUAAUACAUCUACACAUUUUAAGAAACAGUCAUUAAAAGGAAGUGUACAGAAAAAAAAUGCUACAAGGAAUCGUAAACAUACAACAAAAAAUAUUUCAAAAGAAAUAAUUAAAGAAGAAAAGAGAAAAGAUCAUAGAAAAAUUGAACCUCAGCAAAUCUACAAAGUUGAAAACAUAAGCAAAGACAUAUCAAGCCAUCAAGACAAUAAAAAAAUUCCAAAAUUGAAAUUGUGGAGAGUAAAUCUUUGUAGCAACGUUAAACUAGUUUCUAGUAAAAGUAUCGAUGAAACGUCUUGUUCAUCCUCAGUUACACAUUUCAAUUAUAUGCAAAAUAUGACUAUGCUAAUGAAUAACAAGAAUGAUAAAAAUGUUAAAAAACCAAGCACAAAAAUUAGAAUAGAUUCUGAAGAGAUUCAACAUUUAAUUGAGCCUGUAACAAAUGAAUCAGCUAAGUUGGAAUCUAAUGAUACAAAUUGCUUGGAUAAGAACAAUUUAACUGUUAAUGAGCAUAAUAGCAAUACACAAGAGAUAUCCAACAAAUCUAUUAUAUAUACAGAGUGUAAUAAUAAUAAUAAUAAUAAUUUAUAUCCAGUUAAUUUUUCUGAUGGCGUAAGGUGCAAAGUAAAACAGGAGCGAUGUAAGAUGAAAAAAAAUAACAAAGAUAUUAUAGUACAAACUACUACAUGUCACGCAGAAGUGUCAGAAAAUAUUAAUACGUCAAAAGUAGAAAUAAAACCAAAUCUACCAAAAAUAAUUGGAAAUUGUGUUUUCUCAAAAGAAAUAAAAGUUCUAAAAGGAGCACAAAAAGAAAUAAAAGUUGAUGGAGUAAUAAUAAAUAAUAGUUUACAUACAUUUGACGAUACAAUUGACGAUGAAACUACAAAUCGAGAAAAUCUCAGGGAGAAUCAUACAUCCCUUAAAAUAAAUGGAUCAAGCAAUAUUUUAAAUUCUAUAUUACCACUUAACAAUAAUAUUAAUUCAAAGAAUAAAAGCAUAUCAAAUAAAUUCAACAGUAAAUUUAUUGAUUAUAAAAAUUUAAAUUCUUGGACAAGAGAAAGACAAAACGGUCAUAUAGAUAUUAAUAGUACUGAUAGUGAAACAACAAUGACACAAAAAAAUUAUACUUUAAACGAGGAACAGUUAAGUAGAUUUACUAGUAAUAUUGAAGUAAAUGAAAAUAACGCAUUACAAGACAAUGAAAAGUGUGAAGAAAAAUACACUAAAAACAUAUUAAACAAGAAUCAACAUAUGCAAGAAAUAUCAAAUCCUAUUGAUACAGAUGAUGAAAACUGUAGUACAUCAUUUAUGUCUACAAGCAAAGCAAAUGAUAUAAAGCAAAUUCAGAAGCGUACUUUGGAAGAAAAAGAUAAAGAUAGUAAUCUGGGUAAAAAAAUUAAAUUAAAUAGAAACAAUUGGCAAAAUAAUGAAACAUCUAAACCAAUUAAACGUAAACGAUAUAAUAUUAUCUCUGACUCUUCAAGUUCAGAAGCUAUUACAGCAGAUACAGCGACAGAUAUUCCAAUAAAAUUAGAUAUAUCUGAAGAACAUAAUCACAAAGAAAAAAUGGACUUACGCGAACAAUUGGAUCAAAUAAAAUCAACAAAAACUUUAAACACUACAAAAACAGAAAACGAGGAAUUUUGCAAAAAACUUUCUGUCAAAGAAGAAACUUCAACUUUAAAUAAAACUUUGUGUGAAAAGAAAAGUAGUGGCCAAGAGAAGCAUACAAGUGUAUCUGAUGAUGAUGAUGAUGAUGAUGAUGAUGAUGAUGAUGAUUAUAUAUCUAUUUUUGCGGAAUCUUUUGCAGAAUUUGAUAUAAUCCAGGAGGAAGAUAAAUUUGUAUCCGAAAAAGACAAGUCACAUCACUCGAUACAUUUUGAUGUACCAUAUGAAAUGACUGCUAACAGUUUUGACAAAUAUGUAAAGCAGAAUAAUAAUGAAUUUAACAGAGUGUAUGCAGAAUGUAUAGAAAAUAAUACAAAAAUUAAAACUGAACCUUCGACAUCUAAUAAACCAAGUGAAGUACUCGAUAAUCAAUUGACACAAACAUUGAGUGCUUAUUGUAUACCUGCAAUUGUAACAGAUCCAAAUUCGCUACAAAUUAGAAAUGUUGGUCCAAUAAAGGAAAAUCUUUACAAUUUUAAAGGAUGUUUCAAUGGAUAUUGUUUUAUAGCAUUAAGAAACAAAAUAUGCUACAGGCAACAGUGUACAUUCGAUCAUAAUUUGAGAAAAUUAUUUAAUACAAUUUCCACAAAAGAUGGCAGAAUAAUCGUCAACAUAAUAAGAGAAGCAUUGCAACAGAGUUUUAAUUACUUUUGUGAAGAAGUAUAUAUAAGUUUAUUUCGAAAAUUAACUAGUGAACAGAUUUUCAAAAUAUAUAAUAUGCUUUAUGAAAGUUCGAGUUUUUAUUCUAGAAAGGAAUUCACAGAUAUGACGAGGAGAAAUAUUGCUACUAAUAUUAUUGAUGAAUUAUUAAAGAGACACAUGCCAAUAAGAGUAAUCGCUGAACGAAUGAUGACGUACAUCUUACCCACCAAAAAUUUACGCGAACUUUACAACCUAAUAAUAUGUUUAAAAAACUAUAUGAAACGUGAUGAAUACUGGAACACUAUAAGAAAUUUAAUUUUACAAUCUGAAUCGAAUGUUCGUAAAUAUAUUAUUAGCAAAAUUUUACAUGAUUGCAUAACGAAUAAAAACUUAGAAAAUAUGCAAGAUGUGCACAGUAAUUUGAUAAGUAAACUUGAGCCUACAAUAAUAUCAACAUUGGAUGAAUAUAUAUUACAAUAUUUUCAAAAGAUAUUGGUUGAGAAAUCUGCAGAAAAAUCUUAUCCUAAAAGAAUGAUUCAACAUUUUGGACAAAAAUUAAUAACAGAAACUAUUGCUUCUCCUGAUCAAAGUCCAAAUACAGGCUUUAUGCAGCAGGAAUCUUCAACAAAAUAUGAUAAUUCUAUUAGUGAAACUGAUAGUAAUCAAAGUGAGCAUCGUAUUAUUCAAGCUGAAAAUGUAAAACCAUACAGAUAUGGUUUUCUGCAACCUAUCGAUACAACCAGUGCGGAAUGUACCUAUAAAGAUCACGAACGUUUCUGGAAAUUUUUUGUGAAUUUAGACCGAUUUAAAAAAGGGCUCAUCCACGAAGACUAUGAUUACAUUAUUGAUGUUUUAAAAAGUUACGAUUCCAAAAAACGAGAAAAAGAGUUAUUUGUUAGUAAGUGUUCUCUUAUACUUCAAAAAGUAGAAGGUAGAGAAUAUCACUUAAAAAACAUCCUAAGACGAACAGUCCAAACGGGUACCUUCAACAUUUUAGAUAAAAUUAUAUUCGACAUAGGAUUAGACAUUUUGGCCAAUUUAGUGGAUGAGGAAGCUUGGGGACUUGCACUCCAAUUGAUACAAACACUUAACAUAUAUGACUUGCCAUAUAAUGCAGCAUAUUUUCUAUUAUCCGCCGAAACUUACUUAGCUAACAAAAAAGCAGUAAAGGCAUGCGAUUUACUCAAAUAUAAAAAUAUUAUAUGUACCAGUCGUGAUAAGUGGUACGUUAAAAGCACUAUUAAUGAUGAGUAUGUAAGAACCAAGAUAAUAUACAUUCUGCUGGAUUCAUUUUGCAAUGAAUUUCUUGAACAUGCUUUCUUCCUUUUUCAAUUUUUACUUAAAGAUCAAUCCAGUUAUUAUUAUCCAAUAGACUUAACACGUUAUGUGGACAAAUUAAUAAUAUUAUCUUUAUUAAAAAUGGAUUCGAAUGUAACCACAGAAAUGGCCCAAUUAGUGCUUAAACAUAGUUUUGCAUUAAGUACAAUAACUUGUCGUGCACUAAUUUCAACAAUAAUUCAUACGGAUGAGGUUUUAGCCAAACAGAUAUAUAAUUAUGCAGUGGGCAUAGGUAUAUAUUCAACAGUAAAGUUGUUGCCAGUAAUACACAUUGUUAUAAAUACCGACUUAACAGAGGAAGAAAUAUAUCUUUUAUUCCGGCAAUUGUUAGAAAAUCUUAUAAUGAACUAUGGACAUGCGAUUGAAUUUGCUAAACCUACACAAAUCAAGGUGUACUACAUUUUGGAGAUAAAAUCAACAAAACAGUUUUAUUGUGCCACAUUGCAACACCAUCAUAAUAAUCAGACUAUUUUAAAGACAAAGGCAUUAAUUAGAACUGUCUUAAGAAAAUUUGAUCCACCUAUAUCAUUAGUACCAAGGGGUAAAGGUAGAAUAGGUAAGCUACAGAGUAAAAGCCUUAUAAAUUAUUUGAAAUCAGAACAUUGUAAUUAAAAUUAUACUUAUUCAUAAACGAUAGUGGAACAUGGAAGCAAAUUGAGAUCAAGUAGAAAUUAGAAAUUAAUUUUCAAUGUUUAUUAUUUAAGAUAGAAAUAAUUU